AACGGCGAUAAUGGAAACCGACGUAAAACGUACAAGUUACCCAAAAAGGAAUUUUCCCUCCCAUGUCAACUGGUGACAAAUAGAAGGAAAAAAUUCGGACCGUACACCAGUGCAACUCAUUUGAAUUAUGAAAAUUGUUAGUGGCUCUCGGAAGCCACACAUGGUUCCGGAACCUGUAUCGUCAGCGUCAUCGUGAAUGCAAUCGAACUGUGUGCAGUGGCAUUUCCCUUUGCCAGUGUUUUUGCCGUUCCCACUGGCGAGCACAGGCACAAUUAAUUGAAAAUUGUUCCAAUGGGAGAAAAAACUACCUCGGACCUACAAGUGAAUACGUGAGUGAAAUAAUUACAGUAUGUCAUCGUAAAAACGAAUUAAAAGUGUAGUCCUGGUACUGCUGCGUAGCCAGUUUCCGUGAGUCGCAGCAAUUGAUGCGCGCAAAAUGAUGACUAUCCGGCAGGAGAAGCAGCAGCGUUACAUUGUCAGCAAAACUCUACUCUAAUUGGAACUGUGCAGUGCUACUCCACUAUGAACACGAAGCUGAAACUAAUUGCAUCGUUGAUUAACUUCUUCGUCAUCGCAGUGGCAGACACCCUUAGUCCCGACCUUCAGAUGUACUGGGAAAACAGCAUGGUGCAACCGUACUUUGACAAUACGACCAAACGAGAAGUGACUGCCAUCGCAGGACAGACCAUCCAAUUGCAUUGUCGAGUCAAAAGUCUGGGGGACCGAGCGGUAUCCUGGAUUCGGAGAAGAGAUCUACAUAUCCUAACCGUUGGCAUACUGACGUACACCAACGACCAGCGCUUCCAGUCGCUCCACACCGAAGGUAGUGACGAGUGGACGUUACGGAUAACGUCCCCCCAGGCACGGGACUCCAGUGUCUACGAGUGCCAAGUAUCGACUGAGCCGAAAAUUAGUCAAGCUUUUCGCUUGAACGUAGUUGUUUCGAAAGCCAAGAUCAUAGGAAAUGCGGAAUUGUUCGUCAAGAGUGGUAGUGACAUUAAUUUGACUUGCGUCGCCCUGCAGUCACCGCAGCCACCUUCCUUCAUCUACUGGUACAAAGGCGGCCGGGUGAUCAAUUAUUCACAACGAGGUGGCAUCAGUGUACUGACCGAGCAGCAAACUAGAACGAGUCGGCUGGUCAUUGCACGUGCUUCUCCAGCGGAUUCUGGGAACUACACUUGCUCGCCAAGUAAUUCCGAUUCCGCCAGUGUUGUGGUUCACGUCAUCAAGGGAGAGCAUCCGGCCGCAAUGCAGCAUGGUGUGAAUAGUGCACAAAUUGUGCAUAAAUCAGAACAAAUCAUCGGAGCACUCGUUAUCUCCCUCUGCUUCCAUCUGCUGGUCAACGUUCUUCCCAACAGGUAAGUCAAUUUAGAA